AUGGCCGACGUGGAACAGCCCGAGGGCGAGCCCCAGAGCCGUCAUGUCACCUACUGUGGAGUCUGCACUCUACCCCCAGAGUACUGCGAGUAUGGCGGAACCGUCAAGAAAUGCCAAGAAUGGCUAGAGAAGAACGAAGCAGAGCUGUACAGCCGCAUCUGGUCACCAGAGGCCCUUGAAGCCGCUACCGCAUCGCUAUCCGUCGAAGCCCAGAAACGAGCCGCGAAGGAUGCACAGAAGAAGACCGCAAAGGCCGAAGCUGCCGAAGCAAAGCACGCUGAUAUGUUGGCUAAGAGCAUGAUUACGAUCAAGCGUAUCGAGCGAAACAAGAAGAAGUUUGUCACCGCCGUGAUAGGAUUGGAGGCAUUUGACCUGGAGCUGAAGAAGGUCGCCAAGGAUCUCGGAAAGAAAUUUGCUACUGGUGCUUCAGUCACCAAGCUUCCUGGUGGCGGAGACGAGAUUGUUGUACAGGGUGAUGUCAGCAUUGAGCUGGAGGAGUUUCUACUUGAGAAGUACAAGCAUAUACCCAAGGAUCACAUUGAACUUGUUGAGGACAAGAAGAAGAAGAAGGCUGCUCCCGCAUAG